AUUCCGGGGGCAGGCCCAAGGUCGGGAGGGUGUGGAAAGACCCCGGGAAGAAAAGGUUCUCCCACAUGAUCCAGGACAAGGCUCUCCGCACCUCCUGGGCCCGGAAGAUGAAGGAGAGGCAGGAAAAGAAGCUGGUCCGGGAUCUGGCCCGACAGCUGGAGGAAGGGAAGCGGAGGGAGCGAGAGGAGAAGAAGCGGCGGCGGGAGGAGAACCUGAAGCGGCGCCUGGAAAACGAGCGGAAAGCAGAGAUUGUCCAAGUGAUCCGGAACCCCCUGAAGCUCAAGAGGGCCAAGAAGAAGCAGCUCCGGCGGGUGGAAAAGCGGGACACGCUGGCCCUGCUCCAGAAAACCCCUGUCCGGCGCGGCACAGCCACGGAAUGAGGCGGGAAUCGGGAUCCUGCCGUGCCCAGGACGUGCGGCUGGGAUUCCUAUGGAUCCUGCUCCCUUCUCCAGGGAUGUUUUCCUUGGCUUGCAGGGCAGGAAUUGCUGCUGGGACCCUCAGUGUUGAACAGACAACAGGACAGAUGAUCCACAGGAACCUGCUGGAUCCCCAUCCCCGUGGAAUUGGGAUGUUGCUGGAACAGAACUUUGCUUUCCCA